AAAAUUAUGUAAAGAAUUCUGUUAAAUCGAUAGUUGCCAAGUGUUAUCGGAUUUGGCCGGCUUUACUGUUUACGUUUUGGCUCCCCACAUUUUGUGGGAAUUUUCGAAAACAAAAUGACAUACGAUGAUACCACCGAAGCGCUCGUCGCCCACAUGUGUGAGCUGGUGGAGUUCUAUAUGCUGCCGGAGCUGAAGGAGGACCUGGACAACAUUCAGCUGGAUACGUGUCAAUUCGAAAGUUACCAUUCCCUACUUAUUCAGGAUCUGCCAAAGCUCUACGAUUUGGUGCAGGAAUUCCUCCAGAAGAGUGGCGAUGCAGGACACGAAGAGCUGAGAGUCAAGCUCCUCCUCCUGAUUUGCGAAUUGACAGCUUCGCCCACAAUUUACCAACUUAAGGACGAUUCUGAUAAUCUGCUGAGGAACGCCAACGAGUUGGCCAGAAAGCUAUCUUCCUAUUGGUGGGAGUCGACGGAUGUUCAAGUCCUGAAAUACUACGAAAGGAAACUGCACAGGGAUUGCUGGAAGAAACAACUAGGAGCUGUUCAUGGUUUCGGCAGAUAUCUAGAGCUGCGUUACCGAAGGAAAUCGAGAAUGCCCACCCAAAUGUUGGCUUUCGCACUAUCCGUGGGUCUUAAUGUGCGGGAGUGCUUUGAUCCUAUCUACAAGCAACUUGGGGUCAAUAUCUUCUCAAUUCUUUUGAACUUUAGCGAUCCCAAGGACAUUCAGGAGCUCAAUGUGCACAGUGUGAUCUAUGACCAUGCCCUCAAGGAUGCCUAUAACAUGGAAUCCAUUGAAGCCAUCGACUCUGUUUGGAACUGCCUGUAUUUGUGUCUGGAUCACUUUGUAGAUCUAGAUGCUUUUACGUGGAACCAAUGCGACGACAUGUUGAACCGCCUCAUUCAGAACGUGACAAUGGCCUCUAGCCCAAAAAUUUCCAUCUGCCUGCUGCAGUUCAUCAUCCGACUGGGGUACUACUUCACCAUCAAUCGCAGCGAUGUGGAAUCUGCUCUGGCCGUGGAUAUAAGCGAACCAGAUAUGUUGGCGGCUUGUCGGGACCAAUGCCUUGCUCUAAAUGUAAGCACCAGCUAUCGGUGGGCCAAGGCCAUCCUGCAAAUGCUCGUCCUGGAGUCGGAUAAGCUGCUCCAAGGUGUCGAGGUAUGCACUGCGCUGCUGGAGCAAAUGCUGAGAUGCUAUUUGGUUUGCAUCAUGCCAAUACCACUGCAGGCUUUGCACCAUCACCUGCCGGAGUUUUACGGGAAAUUUGUGGCUAUCCUAAUGGAAUGUUUGGUGGCACACGAAAAGGCGCCACCAGUUCUAAAGCUCGUUUCGCGGUUCACCGAAGUCUUUAGCUUUCAACUGGAAAAUGGGACAACCCAAACAAUGCCCGCACAUUUACCAGAAUUUAGGGAGGCUCUGUCAGUUAUACAUUGCAAGAUUUCUGAAUAAAUAUGGGGGUCUUUAUGUUAUGUACCGAUCUAGUAUGAAACGAUA